UGGCAACCGAACGCGAAGCCUCAGCGGACUUCCGGGUCUCCGCCCGCCGGGCUCCACCUUCCAGAAGUGGCGUCACGGCGCGCCGGAGGCCGCGUCCCCGGAUGUAGGGUUUUGCAUCCGGCCUCGCCGCGCUUCCCCGCCCGCCGCCGAGCCGCGUGCGCCUGCGCGGCGGCGCGCUCCCGUCGUCCCCCGCCUGACUCGCUCUCCGCCGUCCGGGGCGCCGCGGCCGAGUCAGGAAGUUCAAGAUGGCGGCGGCGGAGGCUCCGGCGCUGCGGGACCAGCCCGAGAUGGAGGAUGCUGAUAAUUCUGAAAAGAGUGUAAAUGAAGAAAAUGGAGAAGUAUCGGAAGACCAGUCCCAAAAUAAACACAGUCGGCAUAAAAAAAAGAAACAUAAACACAGAAGUAAACACAAGAAGCAUAAACACUGCCCGGAGGACGACAAGGACAAGGACAGGGGCAGGAAGCACCGGCACCGGCACAAGCACAAGAAGCACAAGCGGAGGGAGGCGGCCGACGCCUCGGACAGGGAGGGCCUGUCCCCGGCCAAGAGAACCAAGCUGGACGACCUGGCCCUGCUGGAAGACCUGGAGAAGCAGCGGGCUCUCAUCAAAGCCGAGCUGGACAACGAGCUGCUGGAGGGCAAGGUGCAGUCGGGGAUGGGGCUCAUCCUGCAGGGCUAUGAGUCCGGCUCCGAGGAGGAGGGCGAGAUUCACGAAAAGGUGAGGAACGGGAACAGGUCUAGCACCAGAUCUUCAAGUACAAAGGGGAAACUUGAACUUGGGGACAAUAAAAACAGUACAAAAAAACGAAGUAAAAGCAGAUCCAAAGAACGGACUAGACACAGGGCGGACAAAAAGAAAAGCAAGGCAGGGAUGGAAAUGGUUAAGGAGAAAGCAGCAAGGAGCAAGUCCAAAGAAAGGAGAAGGUCCAAAAGUCCGUCCCGGGGGGCCAAGGCUCAGGACGGGGCGAGGAGGUCGCGCUCGCCGCCCCUGAGGAGGCGGUCCCCCGAGAAGAGCGCCAAGGCCAGGUCGCCUCCCGAAGAGAAGCUGAAACUUGAAGACAGAAACAAAUCAAAAGAUAGGAAAAAAUCCCCAGUGUUGAAUGAGAGAAGUCGUGAUCGGGGUAAAAGGUCACGGUCCCCGGUAGACUUCCGAGACAAAUCCAAAGACAGAAGGUCAAGAUCCAAAGAGAAAAAAGCAAGACGUUCUGAGACGGAUAAAGAAAAGAAGCCAAUCAAAUCGCCCUCUAAGGAUGCCUCAUCCGGCAAGGAGAACAGGUCCCCCGGCAGAAGGCCUGGUCGCAGUCCCAAAAGAAGGAGUUUGUCUCCAAGACUGCGUGAUAAAUCGAGGAGAAGCAGGUCUCCGCUCACCAGUGACAGGAGGUCGAAGCAGAGCAAGUCCCCCUCGCGCACCCUGUCCCCCGGGAGGAGAGCUCGGAGCCGAUCCUUGGACAGAAAGCGGAGAGAAGCCGACAGGAGGCGGCUGUCUUCCCCCAGAACACGCCCACGAGAUGAUGUCCUCAGUAGACGUGAGAGAUCCAAGGAUGUCAGCCCCAUCAACAGAUGGUCCCCGACACGCAGGAGAAGUAGGUCUCCCAUCAGAAGGAGGUCUCGCUCACCGCUGCGGCGCAGUAGGUCUCCAAGAAGAAGAAGCAGGUCCCCACGGAGGAGGGACAGAGGCCGGAGGAGCAGGUCACGCCUGAGAAGGAGGUCCCGGUCACGUGGUGGUCGCAGGCGGAGGAGCCGAAGCAAAGUGAAGGAAGAUAAAUUUAAAGGAAGCCUUUCCGAAGGAAUGAAAGUUGAGCAGGAGUCGUCAUCUGAUGAUAACCUAGAAGAUUUUGAUGUGGAAGAAGAAGAUGAAGAAGCCCUGAUCGAGCAGAGAAGGAUACAGAGGCAGGCCAUCGUUCAGAAAUACAAGUACCUUGCUGAAGACAGCAACAUGUCCGUCCCGUCUGAGCCAAGCAGCCCCCAGAGCAGCACUCGGACGCGGUCCCCGUCUCCUGAUGACAUCCUGGAGCGAGUCGCGGCCGACGUCAAGGAGUAUGAGCGGGAGAACGUGGAUACUUUUGAGGCCUCCGUAAAAGCCAAGCACAAUCUCAUGACUGUGGAGCAGAAUAAUGGAGCAUCUCAGAAGAAGCUCUUGGCACCUGAUAUGUUUACAGAAUCUGAUGAUAUGUUUGCCGCGUACUUCGAUAGCGCUCGUCUUCGGGCUGCUGGCAUUGGGAAAGACUUCAAAGAGAACCCCAACCUUCGAGAUAACUGGACCGAUGCGGAAGGCUAUUACCGUGUGAACAUAGGUGAAGUGCUGGAUAAGCGUUACAAUGUGUAUGGCUACACUGGGCAAGGGGUGUUCAGUAAUGUGGUGCGAGCCAGGGAUAAUGCGAGAGCCAACCAGGAAGUGGCCGUCAAAAUCAUCAGAAACAACGAGCUCAUGCAGAAGACCGGUUUGAAAGAACUAGAGUUUUUGAAAAAGCUUAAUGAUGCUGAUCCUGACGACAAAUUUCACUGUCUGCGGCUCUUCCGGCACUUCUACCACAAGCAGCACCUGUGCCUCGUGUUCGAGCCCCUCAGUAUGAAUUUACGAGAGGUGUUGAAAAAAUAUGGUAAAGAUGUUGGUCUUCAUAUUAAAGCCGUAAGAUCCUAUAGUCAGCAGUUGUUCCUGGCCUUGAAACUCCUUAAAAGGUGUAACAUUCUCCAUGCCGACAUCAAGCCGGACAACAUCCUGGUUAAUGAAUCAAAAACAAUUUUAAAGCUUUGUGAUUUUGGGUCGGCUUCCCAUGUUGCGGAUAAUGACAUAACGCCUUACCUUGUCAGUAGAUUUUAUCGUGCUCCUGAAAUCAUUAUAGGUAAAAGCUAUGACUAUGGUAUAGAUAUGUGGUCUGUAGGAUGUACCUUGUACGAACUGUAUACUGGAAAAAUUUUAUUUCCUGGCAAAACCAAUAAUCAUAUGCUGAAGCUUGCUAUGGAUCUUAAAGGAAAGAUGCCGAAUAAGAUGAUACGGAAAGGUGUAUUCAAAGAUCAGCAUUUCGAUCAGAAUCUCAACUUCAUGUACAUAGAAGUGGAUAAAGUCACAGAGAGGGAGAAGGUUACUGUCAUGAGUACCAUUAAUCCAACUAAGGACCUGUUGGCCGAUUUGAUUGGGUGCCAGCGGCUUCCUGAAGACCAGCGUAAGAAAGUGCACCAGCUGAAGGACUUGUUGGAUCAGAUCCUCAUGCUGGACCCCGCGAAGCGGAUUAGCAUCAACCAGGCCCUGCAGCAUGCCUUCAUCCAGGAGAAGAUUUGAACGAGACGAAGAAACUCCACGGGUUUGAGUAACUAAAUACAAAGACUGAAGAAAUUUCACAGCAGUUUAUUAAUGUAUAUAAACUUAUAAAUAUUUCUCCAGCCAAUUUGAGGAAGCAUGAUAUAUUUGAAUUAACUCCAAGGGUGAUAUUUCUCUUAGCAAUGUUAGUUAAUCUGUUUUGUGUCUUAUGUGAAAUUUCACUGUGGAACUGUUUUAUUGCCAAGACUGCACAGAGUCCCAGUGCUAAUGUGUAUGGUUGCAGUUCACGUAGAGACGGAGACAUCUGUUCUGACGAGUGGUGAUGCUGGGUGGUCUUGAGAUAAAGCGGCCAGCGUAAAUGCUGUUUAUAUUCACGUUUUCCUAGGUGUGUGUGCAGGCCACAGCAGCAUGCCCUUGGGCUAGUCAGUGCCGAAGGGGCCUGUGCCUCCGUGAGCCUGCCGCGCAGGGAUGCUGUCCUCUUAGGGAGCAGGUUGUGUGCAACAGUCAGUACACUGAAGGUAAGCUGACCCAUCAACAUCACUGGGGUUUGAAGCUGUUAUUUUAUUGGGACAAUUGACAAUGAGGAAUAUUAGCAUUGUGGCAGAAUUCCCUGCAUGUGUGAUAACUGAUCUUGUUUUUAUUUUUGGCAUUGUAACUGUAGCAUAGUUACACUUUCUGUUCUGUUCAUCACAUUAAAAAUUGGACAAGUAGCGCUUGAUGGAGAGAGCGCCUUCAGUGUACUGUUUCCUAUUAACUUUACUUUUUUUAAAUCAACUUGCUAUAGACUUUAUAUACAUUUUGUUAAAUAUAGUUCCUAGCAACAAAAACAAUGUGUAGUUUUCAUUUACUAAUUACAAAAGUUGAGGCCUAAUUCUGACAGUCCUCAUAUUUAAAGGUUAGAUAGACAACAUAAUGAAAUUUUUAACUAUUUGUAUGUCAUUUUGAAAGUGGACUGCUUUAUGGUAAAAGUGUUUUUCAUUUGUUGGUUGUUUUCAUGAUUUGUGACCAUGUUGUCUCUCAAUACAGGCGUAACCCUCCCACUCUUGAACAAAGCAGCUGCUUUUUAAAAGCGGUAAUUGCUUCUUUACCUUUUCUUUCUUUUGUAAAUGAAGCUUUUCUUUAAGAAUGUGACUUUCAGGUGUUGUCUAUUGCAUAAAACAGUUGACACUCACUUAUUGUAAAGUGAAGAUUGUUUGCUGCAUGUCAGAUGGACCAUGCAGAUUUCUGUAUGUUCUCAGUACGCAUCACUAGAUAAUAAAGUCUUUUGUGAACAAGGCAUUUGUAGCCAUUUUUAAAAGGUUUUGUCUUCAGUGCUGGUAAGUCAGGUAAACCAUAAAUACUUAAAAGCAGCCUUUCAUUUGAUUUCCUGCAAGUAUUUAACUGAAACUAUUAGCUGUUAAGGAUACAAACUUGGCCAAAACUUUAUCGUUUUAUUAAUAAUUGGCAUCCUACUUAGUUCAUCAGAAGUUCCUACAAGUAUUGUCAGCUUGCAGUGUAGUGAGGUUGUUCCUGUAGGUUCCAGGGUGCAAUGCAGGAUUUAACUAAUGUUUCUGCUAUUUUCUCACUUUUCCUUUUGAUGGUGCGGAAAGAGAAAAAGGAAAACGGGCCACAGGCCAUCCCACGCCUUCUGCAAGGGGUCUGAUUUGCUGAGACACCAGCUUCACCUCCUUACCAAGGUUAUUUCUGACAGCAUGUGUAGAUAAACACUUAGCAGCGUCAUGUAAAUCAGCUUGGUUUGGCAACGCAGAAGAAUUUAUAUUCUUAACAUAACGGUGAAUUUUCAAAAGUGUGCAGCUCAGUGGAAGAUGAUGACCACCGGAAGACAUGAGCUAAGGCUAAGGGACUGUUGAAGAACCUUUCCACUUAGUGGUCAAGAUGUGGACGCUGGUGUUAGAGUGCUGCCUGUUGUAUCCUGUUUGUUCGUAGUAUCGUUGGAACUGUAACUAGAAUUUCAACAACACAUGUUCCCCUCAACCUUUGAGAAACUUAAUAAAAUACGCCUCUAGUCA